AUGGGUCCACGUCCACAGAGUAUUCACAUCAACAUAGACAACCCGCAAUACGCACCGUCACCCUCAGUCUCGGAGGAAGACGACGGCGUAGAGGUUUCACCAGAAGGAAUCUCUCCCGACUACUCAGUCAUUGGCCUACAUGGUCAAACCGCCAGUCAAAGCAGCUCCUCUCAACACGGAGAUUAUCAAGUAAUACCACCAGUGUUGGCAUAUCCUUCCGAAGUCGAGCAGGAGAGCGAACCCGACGCUCAUCCAUACCAGCAUCAAAUAGUUCACCAUCCGGUCCACCGUAGUCGAAAACGACCUGACCCAUCAAGAGAAAGCUCCAUACAACGUGAGCCUCGAAGGGUGGUGCAGCUUCAAAGCGCUCACCACCCAAAACGCAGCAGAUCGCACCACCAUCAGCAUCCCGAAUCAGUUGCUGAUGAGACAGAUUCGACCGAAGCUUUUCUCCAACAACCAGAUCGACCAGAAUACGUCUACAGGAUGCCGCGUGACCAGCAAUAUCAUGGCCAAGCCGGCUACAGCCACAGCAGCUCGUCUGGCUCAUAUAGCUAUCCUGCUGUCCCACAUCAAUCACACCAAAUAGUCCAUUAUGCACCACCUGGCGCUCCACAACCUAUGCUUGCAUAUCAACACCCUCAGAUGCCUGCGCCUUAUGCUUACCCUCCACAACCUCAACCUCAUCCUCAACACCAGGGUCCACCUCCUCAGCCUCAUCCUUAUGGGGCCCCUGUCAAUACACAUUUAGGUCAUGUCACCUCACCAUACUCGGCCUCGCCAUACGGAUCUCCGAAUGUCGUCCAAUAUCAAUCGCCACAAAGCUACUUUCCUCCCCAGGGUUUCCCUCCUUAUGCGCAAAACCCCUACUUCAUGCAACAAAUGCAACAGAUGCAGCAAUUUCAGGGCAUGUACCCUCCUAUGCCCCCCCAUAUGCACUACACGCCUCCUCCGAGAGAUUCCCCACAGCCUGCCGUGGCUUCUCCUGCGCCUGCUGAGCCUAAGUCCCAGAUUGACGAAGCCGCCAUCAUGGCAAGGUUCGAGCAACUGCUGCUGGCAGAGCGUGCGGACAGAGAUAAGAAAGAAGACGAGCGUCAGAAAUCAAUACAAUCUGCCGAAGACAGAGCAGCAGCCAUGGCGCAGGCUGACAAGGAUCGCCGUGAAGAUGAAAGACGUAUAAGAGAGCAGGCGAUCAAAGACGCCGAGGAGGAAGCUGCACGCACGCGCAAGUUGCUACAAGAACGCGCCGAGGAAGAGAAGAGAAUUAGACAAGAUGCACUUCGAGCUGCGGAAGAGGAGGCUGUUGCUGCCAGAAAGCGUGAAGAGGCCCGAAGACUAGAAGAGGCCAGGAUUAGAGAAGAGGCGAAAAGGGAUGCCCUUGAAGCAGAAAAGAAGCGCAUCGCGGCAGAGGCCGAACGCAAAGCAUAUGAGGCAAAGAUCCGUCAAGAAGCUGCUGAGGCUGCUUUGGCUGCCGCUGCCGCAGAUCAAAAAGCCAAAAAGGAAACGGCCGACCGUGAAGCUAAAAUCGCCAGCGAUGCCGCGGAAGCCGCAAAGAAUGCGGCGGAGAAACAGGCGAAAGAAAUAGCUGAUGCGGCGGAGAAAGCAGCCAAGGAAGCUGCCGAUGCUGCCGAGAAGGAGGCCAAGAAAGCAAAGGAAGAGCACGAGGCAAAGCUGAAAGAAGCCGAAGAAGCUGCCGCUGCCGCCAAAAAAGAAGCGGAGGCUGCUGAGGCCAAGGCUGCAGCCAACGCUCCACCAGAGAGGAAGGCCCCAAUACGUUUCAAGGAUGCCCUCAACAGAAGCUACAAUUUCCCAUGGGAACGGUGUCACAAGUGGGACGACAUGGAAGGCCUCAUACACCAAGCUUUUGCUCAUAUCGACCGGAUCGGUCCACACGUCAUGCAGGGAAGGUACGAUCUCAUUGGUCCAGACAAGGAAAUCAUCAUGGCUGAGUACUGGGAAGACACUGUUCAGCCCGGUAUGACUAUCACCAUGAUGCUAUGGCCGAUACCAGAACCCGAACCAGAGCCUGAACCUAUGUUACCUGAUCCCGAACCCAUACCUCCACCCUUUGACUCGGACAUCAUUGACCUCGACGCUUUACUAGGUGGUACAGGACCAACUGUGAAGAAAUCAAAGAGCAAGGACAAAGCCAGCGCCGCGAAGAAGCGGCCAGGUGGAUUUGCCUCCUGGAUGUUAGGAGCAAAUGCCGCCCCAAGGGGCCGACCGGCGUUAAAAGGUGAUAAAAAGCCUGAAGCAGCCGCUGUUCAUCAGCACGGUGCCGCCGAGCAAGGCGCAUGCAUCGUUAUGUGA